AUGACGUCAAGGCUUUAUGAUGGAAAAGAGUGGCACGAAAUCGUCGAUGAUGAUGGGGAUGAACAUCAACAAGUACAUGGCAAGGUUCCUUUGGCUCCCAUUUUGAAUGGAGAUGGCAGGAUCUUUGUGUCGAUACCAAGCUAUCGAGAUGGAGAGAGAUGCGGAAAAACAGUCAUGGAUAUAUUUCAAAAAGCAAAGGAUCCCGAUAAUAUUAUUGUUGGAAUAGUCGAUCAGAGCUACGAAGACGACAAAUCCUGUCUCGAAGUUUACUGCAAAGAACUUGGAUUUAACAUUUACAGCAAACCUUCUCUUCGAAAGGACACCACCAAAGUCAUAUUGAACCAAGUGCAACACAAGAAUUGUCCUCGAGCAGACCAAAUCCGCAAAGUGAGCGUCCAUCACUUUGAUGCCAAGGGUCCGUCUUGGGCACGGGCCUUGAGUCGCAAGAUUCUGGGCAACGAAGAGUUUUGUUUGCAAAUUGAUUCACACAAUCAAUUUGUGCAAGAUUGGGACGAAAAGCUCAAAAUGGAAUGGGCUGCCACCCGCAACGAAUUUGGAAUCAUUAGUACUGUGCCCCUGGGGUAUUAUGAAAUGGAACACAAGGAAGCGACGACAGUGACUAGAGGUUGUGAAGUGGAGUAUCAAGAUAACAAAGUUCCGCACUUUAACGAACGAGGAGAUGGAAAGAUCGAGCAUUUGAAAAAGCCAUUCCUGGCACACACAUGGUCAUCAGCCUUUAGUUUUGCCAAGUGUCACUUGGAGGAAUCGGCUCCCUACGAUCCCUUUACCCCAUUCGUCAUGGGAGUGGAGAAUUUUGCUCGAUUUGCUCGGUUUUGGACAAGGGGGUAUGAUGUCUACACCCCGACGCAGAAUAUAAUAUACCACAGCUUUCAGCCGAAUCCAGAAGGUCACCGGAUGACUGAAUGGUUUCAUCCAAAAGACCAAAGACACAAAGACGAAGCUCUAAAGCGAAUCAGAUCGUAUUUGGGAGCUCCAGAUGCCUUGGAGGACUACAACUUGGCCAACCUCGGAAUUUAUGGAUUGGGAAAGCGACGAACACUGCAACAGCUGGAGAAAUUCUUGCAAAUUGAUAUUGCCAAUCAAGUUCCGAGGCCCCGCAACGCACCGUGCAUGGGGCACGAGUGGGUUCCGUAUAAUAUGGACAUUUCUCCAACCGAGAAUCUAUUCAAGCAUCCAGACAACUUGGAUCCCCAACCAGAAUUUCCAAUGCGCACCGAGUGUGUGUUUUACGAGGAAGAAGCAGCAAAUGCCGCAAGUAUCGACGUGCUGGAAGGAGACAUUAUGGGAGAAUUGGGCGAAGGAAAGGAUGGUUCGCAGCAGACAAACCCGCAUGCCUCUCCAUUUCCUUCAGGGACAAUACUAUUUCCACUUUGGAUUGUUGGUCUCGUCAUUUGGUACAUGAGCUUUGCCAGUACACCCACAUCAAGAGGGAAACAGUCUAGACAAAAAGCCGGAGCCAAGGAUUCGUAA